UUUUUGAUUUAAAACACAACGAGUUAUUAUUAAUCAGUCGCAAUGUAAGGUACAUCAUAUACUUAUAAAUUUUGGGGUUUGUCUAAAUGAAUCACAAAAUAUCAUUUAAAGUUCAAAUGCUGAAUCUGUUGUGUUUGAAUGGAAGUAAUAUCAAAUAACAUUUCACUACAGUGAUGAAUAUGGGAUGAUACUGCACAAUGGACACUUUGUACUUUCAAGUCAAUAACUUAUAAUGGAUAACAUAAAGCAUUCAUUUGAUCAUCUUUGUCUUGUUUAACUCUGGAUCAAGUAGUUUCAGAUGGCAUAGAUUAUAAAUGAAGAAAAAAAUCAUGGACAUGUUCAUCCUCCUGACUUUCCUUCAGAUGUUAUCCUUGAAUGAAGCCUACAACUUCACCUGUCCAUCACAGGCACACUGGAAAAUUCGGGCAAAAGCCAUGUGUAAGCCUCCAAAAAAUUAUACUUGCUUAUUUGACGUAACUUUUAGAGUAAAUGUUUACAGAGAAAAAUGUAACAGACCUAGAAUAUUAGAUCAUGGUCAUAAAUACGUCUUUCAGCCAAACUUAAACAGAGCAACAUGCAGUGUAACUCGAUAUCAACCUGAAAUUUUUGAAACAAAUGGAAACAGUGACUGCACCUAUCAAAAAUCACUUUGUAACAGCUUAGGUCAAGAGACGUAUGAAUAUGGUAACACUACGGUCGACAUAAAAUGUAUGUGUAAUACCGAUAGAGGAUAUACUUUUGUCAUGAACUCGAAAAACCAAUGUUACUGCAAUCCUUCAACUGAAGAUUGCUCCUGUUAUCUCGGAAUAAAUCCAUACAACAAAACGGUUGGACUGAAAGAUAUCAAAUGUUAUGAUGACAUGAAAAUGACAAAAAGUCCUUUCUUAGGAGAUAUGUUCAAUAUAUCUAGGACAAUAAAGAUCAUCGAGUUCGACAACUUCAAAUACAACCUGAACUAUGUUCCUUCAAAUGAAUAUCGCAUCAAAGCAGGCAUAUCAGUAUUGACAUUGUUAUUAGCAUACUUCAUUGUUUGUGUCAUUGUUUAUAGAAUUAUGCCACGAAAUAUUUUGCCAGAAGCCAUAAACCAAUUAUCAGAAGUAGAUAAAAUAAGAUACAUUAAGCUUCUGCAGGGUUCAAAAACCGAAAACAGGUAUUUUGUACGAAUUAUGAUAGUUGGAAAAGAAUCAGCUGGGAAAACAUGCCUCUUGAGAAGAUUAUUGAAGGAAGGCAUAUCCGAUGUUUCUAGUACAGAUGGUGUGGAUAUUGUUGUUCGUAGAUGCAAAAUCAACAUAGAAAACGGCAAAUGGACAAUCGGCAAAAGAAUUAAAGAUGACAAGUUUGGUCGGAUAAAGAGAGCAAUUAUUACAGAAGAAAAAACAACAAUGGAUGUUACAAAAGGUACUAAUAGAAAAAUAGAUCCUAGUAAAUCUAUGCAAUCAGGAAAAAGAGAAGGCAAUGCAGAAGAAAAUAGGUCAAUUAAUGAUAGCCAUGAUACUUCGGAGGAUAUAGCACCUAAUGACUGUGCCGAGGCCACAGACGUUAAACAUACGCAGGUAGAUGAGACAACGGAUAGCAGUAUUAGUACUCUUGACAAGAUGUCUACUUAUAAAAAUGACAUAAAAACCGAGACAAAAAUUAAUCUGGAUGAAAGUAACGAUAUGAAUCAGUCUUCGUUAUUGGUAAUGCCUGAGGAUUUAAUGUCUAAUGUGUUUUCUAAGUCAACUGUAAAUACUCCUUCGAACCUGUAUGCAUUAUGUGAAUUAUGGGACUUUGCAGGUCAGAAGGAAUUUUAUGCUACACAUCAAGCAUUUUUAACUAGUAGUGCAGUAUACCUUGUAGUUGCAGAUAUGAAGGACGACAUCAGUAAACAAGGCUUGAGUCAGUAUUUUGCAGAUUUUCAGCAUAUUGGAGAGUAUGUUGAUUUUUGGUUUGAUUCUAUCCAUUGUCACCGAACGACCAGCAAACCAGCUAGUAAUGGGCACUUCAAUCCUCCGAUUUUAUUAGUUUUCACGGGAAAGGAUAAGUAUAACAAGGCUGAAUUUAAGAAGAGAGAAAAGGAACUUAAUAAUCAAAUAGACCAUGUUUUUGGAUUUCAAAGCAAAUAUCACCACUUGUACAACAAGUUUUAUCUGUCAAAUACUAAAGAUAGUAACGAAGAUUUUGAGAAGUUGCAAUACGCAAUUUAUGAGACUGCACGUAAAAUGGAUAAUUGGGGUAAUGCUUUUCCAUUAAAAUGGAUUCUUUUAGAACAUUUGAUUGAAAUUAAUAAGAUCAAUGGAAAAAAUUUCAUCAAUUUUCCUGACAUGUCAAAUCUGGCUAAACAUCCUGAUAUCAAUAUACUAGAAAAGGAGGAAUUGUUGUUGUUUCUUCGAUUUCAGCAUAACGUAGGGAACAUUAUUUUUUUUGAAAAUAUACAGGAUUUGAUCAUAUUAAGACCUCAGUGGUUAGCAGAUGCUUUCCGAUGUUUAGUCUCAGAUAAAGUUGAUUACAGGAGAUUGCAUCACCUUAAGGACUGGACACGUUUUACACGACAAGGCAAAAUGAGUGAAUCACUAAUAACAGAACUCUUCAAUUCAAAAGAUGGAUGUCAGUUAUCAGGACAGAAAAAUAAUUUACUUAAAGUUAUGGAAAAACUUGACAUAUUGGUCAAAAUUGAGAACUCGAGUUAUUAUGUAAUGCCAAGCAUGAUGCCGCCUUCCACGUUUGAUGCUGUAUGUGAAAAAAUUGGCAUUCUUACAAAUAAAUGCAAAAGGACUUCCUGGCUUUGUUUUAAAUUUGAAUUUCUUCCACCUUCUUUCUUUAACCAUCUAUCCGCCUUGUUUAUCAGAAAAUACAACCCUAGCAAAUUAGAUAGUGGUAUUGCUUUAUAUCGAGGAAUCUGUAUGUUUGACAGUGAGGCAUCUGGCGGUAAAAAGAUUAUGGUUACCAUGUCGUCUGAUACCAUUGCUCUCCAGGUCGUGUCGUUUUCCGAACAACAUGAGGGAUUGAGAAGCACGUGUAGCGAUAUCUUCAGUGGAGUAACACAACUAAUUACAAAUAUAAAAGAGAGAUAUAAGGUGAAAAUAUCGUUUAAACUCCAUUUCAAAUGCAGUGAUGGCUAUUAUUUUAAAGACACAUUUGAAUAUGAGAAAUUGACAAUUGAGAAGGAGUGUUUCUGUAUUCAGCAUAAGCAAAUGCAUCGAUCUGAGCAGAUAUAUUCGCCCUGGAUGAAUAAUGAGGGUAAAACGAUUCCUCACAGAGCGAAAAUAAGCACUAAGCAGGAAGACCAUAAUCCAAAAAAUGAACCAAACAAAGUAGCAGCUCAGGAUCAAGCAUCUGUCAAAACCAACCUUCCUGUUUCUGUCAAUUUGCGUCAACAGUUAAAUAUAAAACAGUCAACGAAUGAAAAUCUGUCCAUUACUAGCUGUAUCAAAACAGACAAUACAUUAUUGUUCACCGACUGUAGUAAUAAUCGACAACUUAUUAUUUGUAAUUCAGACGGUACUGAUAUCCAUCACAUUCAUCUGUCCUAUACACCACGUUAUAUGACAGUGGUAAAUAUUAAUACUGUAGCAGUAUCUUGUCAUAACAAAACCAUACUGAUAAUAAAUAUAUCUACAGGUUCUGUCACCAGUACAAUCAACACCAGUGGUUACUGCUACGGAAUAUCAUAUAAUGAUAAUAACCUGUACGUUGUUAUUGAUAACAGUAUAAUACAUGUGAUGGACCUGACAGGUGAAGUAAUACGUACUUUACCUUUACCUUCAGGCGAUAUCGGCGACAUUACAGUAGACAGAGACGGGUUGGUCUGUCUAGACACUACAUCAAUAUACUGCUGCUCGUUAGAUGGAAAACGAAUUUGGAAGUUUAAACAGGAUAAAUUUCAAGAUUUAGGUCGUGUGACAACAGAUAAUGAGGGGAAUGUGUAUGCGACUACAUAUAACACCAACACUGUAGUGGUAAUUUCUCAUGAUGGUAUACAUUAUAGAGAACUUCUUACUGAAUCAGAUGGAUUGAACAAGCCGUGGGGAAUUUAUUUUGACAAAAAAAAUAAAAUUCUGCUUGUUUGUAAUGAUGAUGAUGCUUUUCUUUUUGACGUAAAACAGAAUGAAAACAAACAUGAAUAAUUCUUUCAGACAAUGAGUACGUUCGCACUCGGAUCUGUUUGUGCAUUUAGUCAUUCACAAUAUCUUUUAUUUAUUUUUGUUUUCUCUUCUAUCAAUCUAACUUAAUUGAAAACAAAUUACAGAAAAAUUAUAAUUGUUUUUGAAAAUGUAACUUGAAUUUGCCUCGUCUUUUGUAUUUCAUUAAUGUUGUUCGAAUAUUAUUUUUUACGCAUUUUUAAAACAUUUGAACAUUCAUUUGUUCCUUGAAUAUUUCAAUAUGGAAAAUAAAAAAAAUAAGAAAUUCGAAUAAGAAAAACUGUUCUUGUUUGGAAUAUAUUUUAACAAACAAGAAAAUAUUGUGCAUGUUUGUAAUAUAAAUGAAGGAAAUUUUGUAAUAUAAAUGACGGGAAGGUUGUUUUUUUUUUUUACGUAAAAACGAAACGAACAUAAAUGAAAAUUGAUUAUUUUAUUCGAAUUCAGAUUUGUUUUUUCAUUAAUCAUUCGAAAUGGAUUGUAUUUGUUUGUGUGUUUUCUACCAAAUACAAAUUCAACUUAAUCAAUUAUGAAUUAUUUUAUGGAAUUACUACAAUGCUUUCUUAAAAGUUCAAUAUAAGGUAUAGACGUAAAUUUUGGCCUAAAAUGGUCUAAAUAUGAUCACCGCUUAAAUUUAAUUUGCGACAACAAAACAACUCUUUCACUUAACGUUUCAUAUCUGCAAAUUUGUUGGUUAGUUCAAGUAAACUAUGACAUCAAAAGCACUAUUUUGUGUCAGAGUAAGGCUACUUUUACGUUCUAAAUUAGAGGGAGUGAAUUGGUGGUCUGACACCUAUAUAUAUGAAAUUUCAGAGAAAGUUUACUUAGGCUAAAGACAUGUUAUUCUUGGUUUACUUCUAUUUGCCGGUUGGGUUGUGAUGGUUAAAACUGAUAAUAUAUUUCAGAGCAUCUUUUUGAAACCCAUUUGCAUAGUAUUAACUUGCCUCGUUCUGAACUUUUUUUCAUGUGUUUUAUGCUUUUUAUGUAAUAUAUUUUUUGCAUUUUAACCUGUGGGGAUUUGACUUUUUACAAUAAAAAUUAUUCUUUUAA